UGUGCGAGUCUAGUUCCUCACUUCAUGGAGUCAUUUGAUCCCGCGGAGCUGCCGGAGCUCCUCAAGCUUUAUUACCGAAGGCUCUUUCCGUACGCCCAGUACUAUCGCUGGCUCAACUAUGGCGGAGUGACAAAGAAUUACUUUCAGCACCGUGAAUUUUCCUUCACACUAAAAGAUGAUAUUUACAUUCGUUACCAGUCCUUCAACAGCCAGAGCGAUCUGGAGAAGGAGAUGCAGAAAAUGAAUCCGUAUAAGAUCGAUAUAGGCGCUGUGUAUUCUCACAGACCCAGUCAACACAACACGGUGAAGCUGGGAGCCUUCCAGGCUCAGGAAAAAGAGCUAGUCUUUGACAUUGACAUGACAGACUACGACGAUGUGAGGAGAUGCUGCAGUUCUGCAGACAUCUGUUCCAAGUGCUGGACACUCAUGACGAUGGCCGUGCGCAUCAUAGACCGAGCACUGAAGGAGGACUUUGGGUUUAAGCACCGCCUCUGGGUGUAUUCAGGAAGGAGAGGCGUACAUUGCUGGGUCUGUGAUGACUCCGUCCGAAAGUUGUCCUCUGCUGUACGCUCUGGGAUAGUAGAGUACUUGAGUCUUGUAAAGGGUGGUCAAGAUGUUAAAAAGAAAGUUCAUCUAAGUGAAAAACUUCACCCCUUUGUCAGAAGAUCUAUAAACAUAAUUAAAAAGUACUUUGAAGAAUAUGCUUUAAUUGGCCAAGAUAUUCUUGAAAAUAAAGAAAACUGGGAUAAGAUUUUAGCCCUUGUUCCUGAGACAAUUCACGAGGAGCUUCAAAGAGGCUUUCAGAAGUUUCACAGUUCCUCUCAGCGCUGGGAGCACUUGAAGAAAGUGGUCAGCACAUCUCAGAAUUUGAAGAAUGAUAAAUGUGGUCCCUGGCUGGAGUGGGAGAUUAUGCUCCAGUACUGUUUUCCACGCCUGGAUAUCAACGUUAGCAAAGGAAUCAAUCAUUUACUGAAGAGCCCUUUUAGCGUUCAUCCUAAAACAGGUCGCAUUUCUGUGCCUAUUGAUUUUCAGAAAGUAGAUCAGUUUGAUCCAUUUGCUGUUCCAACGAUAAGUGCCAUCUGCCAAGAAUUGGAUGUCGCUUCCACUAAUGAAAAGGAAAAUGAGGAGAAUGAAGCGGAAUCUGAUGGCAAACGUAGAGUCAGAGAUUAUAAGAAGACCAGUCUAGCACCGUAUGUAAAAGUAUUUGAACAGUUUCUUGAAAACCUGGAUAAAUCCCGGAAAGGGGAACUUCUCAAGAAGAGCGAUUUACAAAAAGAUUUCUGAAGAGAACAACUCCCAUCAAAAUAAUGUGGUGGAUGGUGGUGAUGCAUGCCUUUAAUAUCAGCACCCAGGAGGCAGAGGCAGGUGGAUCUCUGAGUUCAAGGCCAGCCUGGUCUACAAAGUGAGUCUAGGACAGUCAAGGCUGUCUCAAAAAAAAAAAAAAAACAAAUAAAAAAAUCAAUCUGAAUGCCUUCCACUUUCAACCAAAUACUUUAAGAGCCAUUUAAUCAAUACAGAAGAAUCAUCUAUAUGCCUUAAUCUUUAAAGCAGAAUUUCCUUUUUUCAAAAAAUAAUUUAUGUUGAAGAUUUCCUGAGACCAAAGAAGGUUGGUGUUAAGGAUCCUGAAACAAAUGAAUCAAGGAAUAAGUAUACUGAGAAGGUUUGUAAAAUUUAAUAUAAAAUGUUAAUUCUUACGUGUCUGAUAUGACCAGUUCUAUCAGCUACUGUGUAUAGAGGCAUCUGUUAGCACUGAUUUCCCCAAAACUUUUGUUUCAGUAUAUUGUAUUCUGCCUUCACCUCCAUAAGUUUAUAUAAAUGCUGACUUUGUCCUUCAGUCUUAUAAGUUAGUUGUGGCUCAUCCUGUAAUUCCAGCACUUCAAAGACUGAGGCAGAAGGGUUGGCACAAGUUCAGGGCCAGCCUAGGCUACUCCACAGCCCACUUGUAAUAGUCAGGGUUCUUUAAAGGAGGACACACAUGCAAGUGAAGGAAUGCACCUGCCAGUGAGAGGGAGGAACUUCCUCCUUCCCUGUCCUGUAUACAUGCUGCCAUCAGAAGGUGUGGCUCAGAUUUAAGGUGCAUCUUCCCACUUCAAAAUAUCCGCAUUUACGGUGGGCCUUCUACCCCAGUGUAAAUCAUUAAAUCAAUGAUUUAGUUAAGAAUGUCCCUCACAGUUGUGCCCAGCUGCUUGGAUUUUAGUUAAUUCCAGAUGUAGUCAAGUUGACAGCCAAAAAUAACCAUCACACCACAGCUCAGUUUUGGGGACUUGGGGGUUUUGUUUUUAACUGUUUGUCUAUUUGUUGUUUUUGAGAGAAAGGGUCAAUACUAGACCAAGCUGGCCUAGAACCUGUGACAGUUCAAAUGUGUCAGCCUUCUGGAUGCUAGGAUUAUAAGCUUUAACCACUACACCCAGUUUUUAUUUUUUAUUUAUUAAUGUUUUUAGUUAACAUAUAAAAUAAUGAGUUUCAUAGUAACAUUUUCUUUUUCUUUUUAUUGUGACAUUUCAUACAUACAUUUAUAGCAUUAUACUUUUUUUCAUUACCCCUUUCUUUCUGCCAAAUAGCCCUCCCUUUGAUUUUCAUGUCACAUAUAUUCUUUUGUUCUCUUGUUCCUCUUUAAAAUUAUUUAAAUGGAUAACUAAACCUACCAAAAUUUUCAAAGAUGAAUUUUAGGGUUUAAUAGAAUGUUCUUUUUCAAGUAUUUUCAGUUUUAGUUCCCUUUUCCCUCAGAAACUGGAUGAGUUCACCACAAAGAAGCAGCUUAAAAAAUGUAACCAACUAGGGGCUAGGAAGAUGUCUCAGUGGUUAAGAUGGCUCAGCGCUCUUCCAGAGGUCCUGAGUUCAAUUCCCAGCAACCACAUGGUGGUUCACAACCAUCUGUACUAGGAUCUGAUGCCCUUUUCUGGCAAGUAGGCAUACAUGCAGGCAGAGCACCCUACAUAAAUCUUUAAAAAAA